AUUUUACAUUAUAUUCAAAAUUUUGGAAAUUUGUCUUCGAAAAUUCUUAAAAGCUAUGAGUAAAAAAUCUGAGGAAGAAUAUUUGCCAACGGUAUCAACCGCUCUGAAAGCAAUUUAUCCAAAAUUGUCUAAUAAUGUAAUUACGAGUUAUGAAGAAUUACUCAAUAAUGUAGAUAAACACGAUCCCAUCCUUAUUAUAACACCAAACAGUGCGUGGAUCAACCAAUAUAGUUGGCCUGCAUAUAAUGUAGUAAUGGAUACAUUUGCUACUUAUGGUCUUGCGCAAAAUCAACGCAGGGACAAAAAUUCGCGUUGCAUAUUUCACUUUCGAGAGAUUUAUGAUCUGUAUCAAGUCCGCGACGGAAUUAAAAGUAACAACUUGGCACCAAACAUAUUUAACAUACAACCUAGUCUUCGUGUAUAUUUUCAACACAAUCCGAACGUUCAACUUGAGCCAAUUGGCUCAGCUUGGAUCUUAAUGAAGAUUGGAGCUUUUUCCAGUGAUUAUGGGCAAGAUAUAAAUUUUUUUGUCGUAUAA